UUUUUAGUCAGCUCGCUGUGUCGCUUCACACCUGCAGCUGUUUCCUUCACAUGAACUCAGAUCAGCUCUCCUCGUGUCUCCUCGUGUCUCAUCGUGUCUCCUCGUGUCUCAUCGUGUCUCCUCGUGUCGUGUCCGUUACAGAGCCGGCUCCACCACGCUCGCUGUACGCCGUCAACGCCACGCACUCGUCCGUGACUCUGCUGUGGACCGAGGAGGGAGUGGUGGACUAUUACCAGGUCGUCUGUCAGGCCAACAGACCGAGCAAGGAGCUGAAGGCUCGGGAGCCUCAGACGGCGAGCUCUCACGUGGUGACGGUGUCCGGUUUGAUGCCGUCCUCCACCUACAACUGCACCGUCACCAGCUUCAGCUACAGCACGCCCAGCAAGCCCGCACACAUCACCAUCACCACCGUCGCUAAAGAGAUGAAUCCCAGCGUAGCAGCUAUCUCUGCUCUGGUCGUCCUCAGCGUUCUCCUCGUCAGUCUGCUCGUUCUCUUUUUGCUCGUCCUCCGAAAGAAACACCUGCAGAUGACCAGGGAGUGCGGCGCCGAGACCUUCGUCAACUUCGCUUCGUUUGAACGAGACGGGAAACUCCCGUAUAACUGGCGAAGAAGCCUCUUUGCCUUCCUUACCCUACUGCCAUCCUGCCUUUGGACUGACUAUCUUUUGGCUUUUUAUAUUAAUCCUUGGAGCAAGACGGCGUUAAAGAAACGGAAACUGACGAGUCUUGUGCAGUUGGAUGAUUUCGACGCGUACUUCAAAGAGAUGAGCAAAGACUCAGCGUACAAGUUCUCUCUGCAGUUUGAGGAGCUGAAAAGCGUCGGGCUGGAUCUUUCCCAUGAUGCAGCUGACCUGCCCGUCAACAGGCCGAAGAACAGAUACACCAACAUCCUGCCCUACGACUUCAGUCGAGUCAAACUGAUCUGCAUGCACAACGACGAAGGCUCGGACUACGUCAACGCCAACUACAUCCCUGGCUACAAACACGCUAAGGAGUACAUCGCCACUCAGGGCCCGCUGCCCGAAACACGCAACGACUUCUGGAAGAUGGUGCUGCAGCAGAAAUCUCCGAUCAUCGUCAUGCUGACGCAGUGUAACGAGCGACGGAGGGUGAAGUGCGAUCAUUACUGGCCGUUCACAGACGAGCCGGUCAUGUACGGUGAGAUCAGCGUGGAGAUGCUGUCGGAGUCGGAGUCUCCUGAGUGGACCAUCAGGAAGUUCAGACUGGGCUAUGCCGAUGAGUCUCAGGACGUCCUCCACCUGAACUACACCUCGUGGCCGGAUCACGGCGUCCCCACGGUCAACGCCAUCGAGAGCAUCCUGCAGUUUGUCCACAUCGUCCGACAGCAGGCCAACAGGACCAAAGACCCGAUCGUGGUCCACUGCAGCGCCGGCGUGGGUCGGACGGGGACGUUCAUCGCUCUGGACCGCCUCAUGCAGCACAUCAGAGAACACGAGUUCGCCGACAUCCUGGGGAUGGUGUCAGAGAUGAGGUCACACCGCCUGUCCAUGGUCCAGACUGAGGAGCAGUACGUGUUCAUCCAUCAGUGCGUCCUCCUCAUGUGGCAGAAGAAGAAGCAGCAGUCCAUCACCUCUGACGUCAUCUACGAGAACGCCAGCAAGACAUAAUGACGACGGCUCCUCCAGACGCUGCGAACACGCCGACCUCCUGAGCUUCAGGCAUCCAUCCUGUCAUCAUCCAAUCAACACCACGGGAUGGAUCUGCUUACGGAGCCUUCACUGACUGACCCACAUGUUGAACCACAAACCCCGCCCUCUGAACCGGACUGAUUCACGUCAACGUGGGAGGAGGAGUUGGAGGAGUUAACGAGCUCCGUGCUGUGAUUGGAUGUCUACACUGUGUUCGUCCUCGUUCAUACGACGUGAGGCAGCGAGUCGGUGGAGCCGAGUCGGCAGUUUUUCAUUUGGACUUUUAAGUUUUGAUCUCAGGAGUCGCUGAAAAAAAACCAGCAAGCACACCGGCCUCUUCCUCUGCUUCAAACGUUCUUCAUCCGUUAGUUUAGCGCUCUUUCAUCGUUAGCUCGCCGCUCGCAGCGUGCAGCUUUCCUGGCUCCUUCGGACGCAGGCGGGAUUUCACCGUGACACACUGCCAAACGUUACCGCAACAUUUAAAUAACUGAAAAAACACCAACACGCUAACCGACUGCCAGGACUGCUGCACAGAUCGAACCCAGCAAGCAUCGACGGACGGACGGACAGACGGCGAGCACAAACUUCACGUCCGACCCGAUGAAGCUGAUUUUUAAUUAUUCAAAUAUUCUGAACUUAAAGAGCUCGUCAGGUCCAAGACGCCCUCAAACUUUGGUACAGAACAUUUCGUGGUCGCGUUGCCCCGUCAAGGAAUCAGGUCCAUGUCAUUUAAAAUGGUUCUGGUUUGGUUCUGGUUCCGAUGCUGCUCGACUCCAAACAGACGGCGUCUGAACUUUUGAUCCCGUCCGUGAAAUUGGGUGUCCGAAUGUUUGCUGGGUCUGCAGACAAACUGAAGGUCGACGGCUGAAGGACAAACGCCUUCCCGUGGAAACUCGAGUGCCUCAUGCCGCCCCUCCGUUCUGUCGGGUCGGGUCGGGCGUGCUGAAGGCUGUUUAGACACUAGCCAUGGUCAUAGAGCUGUAGUUUGUAUUUGCACUGAGGCCUCGGCGCUGCCCGACCCAUCCUGCACUGUGGGAAGACGUAGUUUAACGUUAGUGAUGUCACUUCCUGUUUGGACACGAACAACAGAGGAACGGAUCGGACUGAUGAACCAAGAAUCUGUCCAGAUAUCCAGUUUCCCUUCACGACACUGAGUUUGGAAAAAGACUGAAAACAUAUUGGCUCAGAGCCGGACCGAGCCGAGCCGGACCGGACCGGACCGAGCUGGACCGGAUCACAAACAGAAUGAAACGUAUCAGGAUCAAACAUCCAAAAAAAUUUUAAUGUUUUGACUUCAUUCAUUUUGUUUCAGCACCUGAAAUAAAAAUACUUAAAAAAAAAUUUAAAUCAUCAAAUUUUAUUGAAGCAGUCUGACUGUUUGACAUCUUCAAAGUUUGAACGUGUUCGAAAAGUUUCAAUUUAUAACAUCAACAUAAAUGUUUAUUUGAAAUCUGAUCAAAACAUAAAAAAUCUUGAAGCUCAUUUUGAAGUUUUUGGGCGCUGAAACAAAAUCAGUUUACGAAAACGUCUGAAACUCGACAGCUGUACAGAAACGUGUCGCGGAGCCUUUUUCUGCUCGUUAUCACAUCAAAUUAAUUCAUUUAAUUUUUAGUUAGUUUUUCUACUGAACUUUUGACUUGAAGGGCAAAAGAAACUUUUCUCACUUCCUCGAUGACGUUAGAGAAUGUGAACAGACGAGCGACGGCGACCUCAGUCACACUUUACACUACAGGAAGUACAAGGGUGUCGUCAAAAUAAGAGCCGACAGGCGGGGCGGCUUUUCUGUCUUGGACACGUUAAAGGUUUUAAUCUGGUUUUGAACCAUAAAUCUUAAAAUUUAAUGAAGUGCCAACAAAUCCAAAAUGCAUCGAAGACUUUAACAAGAUUUAUCAGAGAAUUUCGUAACAUAUCAUGACCAAGACCAGAGAUCAAAUCUGAGACCAGUCUUGGAGUCUGAGACCAGAGUCUAUCAAAUCUGAGACCAGUCUUGGAGCCUGAGACCAGAGUCCAAAUCUGAGACCAGUCUUGGAGCCUGAGACCAGAGUCUAUCAAAUCUGAGACCAGUCUUGGAGUCUGAGACCAGAGAUCAAAUCUGAGACCAGUCUUGGAGCCUGAGACCAGAGAUCAAAUCUGGGACCAGUCUUGGAGUCUGCGGUCGAGUUAAACUGUCUCUAAGACCUUUAAAGGAUCUGGAGGACUAAAACUUUAAAGCUGCUCCUGACGUCUGCUCGUUACUUUGACGCACUCGUAUUCAGUCUGUAAAAACUCAAAAUGUCCGAGAUAAUGAAUGUGUCGUCGGACGCUUCAGUGUUUGUUGUAAAAUGAUUCGUCAUUGUGGCCUUGUGGUUCAAACACCUGAAGUCUUUUACCUGUCGGUCGGCUCGCUCGCCGCUCGCUCUGAAAGGUUUCAUCUCACGUACUGUACAUACUACUACUGCGUAACUCCUGUUUCUACUCGUCAUGACGAAGUAAUUCUUGUGAAAGUUGCUUUAGAGGUUUGUUUUUUAAAACUCGUUGUGUAUGUGAAUCAUCGUUACCUGAGCCAGAAGUUCUCUCAUCACGACGUCGCGUAGACGUGAUGAGAACUCGUCGCACUUUGGUACGAGCGUCGUAACAAAAGAUGAAAGCUGACAGUCGGCGUGGCGACGGCGCCCGGACGCUCAGCACUGUACACUUCUACGAUUCUUUCUUCUUCGUGUUCGUCCAACUUGUUCGUCAUUGGUGCCAUUUUGUGCAUUGUGUCACUUAAACACGGAUCUCUGUCACAGAGUUUUAAUGUGUGUGUGUUGGAACAAAUAAAAUGUUGCAGUUUGUCCUGUUUGA